AGUUCUUGUUCAACCAAAUCGUUACCUUAUGAUUGUGAUAAUUGGUUGUACUUGUUGUCUAGUUCAGAGAAUAGUGACUUUAAUAGUUCUCUUACCUUAUUGGUGGCAUCACUGAAACUGUUUGAUAUUUCUGAAACUGGAGUGUUGUGCAGGCACUUCUGGAGCUAUGGGAAUUUUCAUUUAUGCUGUGCGAGACAAAGUACGUAAGAAUUCUUUUCCAUAUGUUACAACUAGCCUGGAAGCUUUCUUACUAAUAGGAAUGUUUUCACACCUCAGUAAACUGUUAAUUGUUUAUACAGAAGUGCAAAUCCCCAAAGUGAGACAUAUAAAACAAACUGUAGUCAAUAUUAGUACAGGUGUUCCUGUGUUAGCAAUAUUGUGUACUCAUUUAGCUCACCAUUCAACUGGAUGGAAACUAACUGCAUGGUGGUUGGUUUGUGGCACAAUGAUAUUCAAUAUUUUUGUGGCACCAGCUGUUAUCAUGCUGUUACUGUUCUUGUUCCUAUACUUCAGUGUUAUGGUGGGCCUUCUUCAGAGUGCUGGUAUUAUGUUUGGGGUAAUGGUUGUGAUGGAAACUUCCAGUAUUUUGUAUAUUAAUGUUCCACAUUCAACUUGCCACUACAUUUUCAGCUUCACAAGUGUCUUAUUGGGUUUUAUCAUAUUUUUAUGUUAUAUUUUGAAAAGUGAAGCACCCUUCCAC